GUUCAGUCUUCAAUUGUUGUCUCAAAAAGAAAGUCCAUUUCAGUGGUGGCAAAAUGGCUGCCACACUAUUUGCAAUGUUUGCUAUUGUGCUGACAAUGUGCCUAGUCGGUCCUCAAGCUGUGAUGUCCUCAGUUUGCCAUGGUGGGAACUGUAGAAAGGCAACGUGCGCAGACAUGCCGAAUGCUCGAGGUGUGGUCCUAGUUACGGGAGAUCAUGGACGAGUAGAAAGGUUGAAUUGCGUUCCAACGCAGAACUGGCAACGCGUGAUUUCGAUCAAUCCUCUGUCGCCGGGUGGCUGCGGAGGCAACUUGGUCUCAGGAACAAAGUCAGACAGGUUUGGAAGGCAAAGGACUCUGUGCACACGUAGGAUCGGAUCCCGUGGAUGUGCUGAAAUCACUGUUAAUCCGUCUUCAGCUUAUCGCUACGUCAAGGGUCGCAUCACCGGCUUUCAGUACAACACUCCGGAUGGUUUCCCCUGGAACUUCAAGAGCCUGACAGAGUCGUACGUCGACGGAGUAUCCAUCACCCAAGUAUCCCCAUGGAAUCAGCGAAAGCACAUUUAUACAUAUGCAGUGGCAUUCGGUGAGGGUCUUCAUGGCCCACACUGUCCCUGCAAUUCCUAUAGUACUUGGAAUCCUCAACCCCAGUUCUUUGUGGGUAGAAACUAUACAUGCGCCGAGUUCCCGCGUUUGAACAACCUCCACCUGUGGCAUUUCGACCCGCAGGACCAUCUGUUUGAAGGCGGCUACAGCUGCGGUCCAGACGGCAGCCGAACCGGCCGCGCACCCGAGUUUGAGGUGGACACUGGACGCAGCUCGACCGAUCCUAUCAGCCUGCGUCUUUGCAUGGAUAAUAAUUAUCUGGACGAAGAUAUUGGUCUUGACUUCGGCGAGAUAUACGUCAGCGCGUAGGUUUUUGCAGACUGUCGUGACGUCUUCGUUCCACGACACAGCCCUGCAUGCACUGACAUCUAUUGUACACCAGUAGCUGAUACCAUUAUGGUGCAACACACCUCACUAUACGUAUCUAGAUUAUUGUACUCAUGCUCAGCAAAAUUCCUUUCAUCAUCAACUCCUCCCCACCUACAUUGUAGCUCUCCCACUAUUCCCCCCCCCCCUCCCUCUCUCUCUUUCUUCCACAGCGGCCAAACAUCACUAUCCCUGCAUUGCAUUAGCGCAAUCGAAUGCUGUUGCUGUCAUUACAUGCGACCAUGGGUGAUUGAAUCAUUCAUUUUUUGGCCCUGUCAUUACAAUCAUGUAAAAUAGAUCAAAACAAUUUGCAUUUCCGACGCAAUUCUCGUACAAUAUCCUGCUUGUUCUAUUUUUACCUUCUCUUUCAGCGCACAUGGAAUGAAAAUUUUGAUAAUGAAAAUUUGAACUCUGUGGAA